AUGGAUCCAAACCAGCAGUUCACCUGCCACCAGUGCGAGGGCGAACCUCCCGUCUUCGAAAACAUGAGGGAGUUCCUUCAUCACAUCGGAGACAUGAUCGACGCCCGCAAGGGCCACAUGUCCUGUCCCUACUGCAAGCUCAAGCACCGAACUCAGCUCGGCCUCUUUGAGCACAUCAAGCAGACACACCCAGCAAAGCAGAGCCUUAGAUGCCCGGGAUGCUCUGGCUAUUUUGACCGUGCCUCUCGCUUGCUGCGCCAUAUCGAGAAGCGCCGGUGCCUCCUCAUCACUCUCGACGACAUUGUCCGCCGUCGCAAGGAGAAGACCGACUUCAUCGAGGAGCUGAACAAGCGCGAGGGCCCCAACGGAACCAUUCUCUUCCAAGUCGGAAAGCUCAACACUUCUCGCAGCUUUGCCCAGUACAUCGGCGCUCCCGACAAUAGAGCCACUAGACAAUAUGGCGAGCCUCUAUUCUCCGGACAGUUGACCGCAGGCAACCUCGUCAAGCUGCAAGACCAGCAGGCGGAUGUGAGCACCCCUGCUUCGAAGCCCGGUGCCAUCCUCUACCCGCAUGCCGCAGCAGACCGGCUUGAGGGAAGCCCGACCACCGAGACCGCAGGCACGCCUCCUGGACGAGAUAUGCCCGUCCAAGAGGGCACCGCUGCCUCGACCAUGGUCCCUUACAGCCCGGACAACCCCGACUUCAAUGCCAUCAACUUCUUUGACCCCACUGCCCGGGCCUACCAUUGCCCACUUCAGUGCAGGGAACGUUUCACCACCCCGCAAACUCUUGUCGCGCACAUGCGGUCAUCGAAGCACGUCAAGCUCCAUUUUACGUGCCCAAUCUGCCUGAAGAAGUACGACAGUGCUUCUAGUCUUCUCGUCCACACCGAGUCGCAGUCCAGCCGGUGCCACUUCCGCGGCUCCGCCUCGUACCGCCAGUUCGUUGACCAGCUCACGGGAGGUCUCAUCGACGUGACGGGCAUCCUCGACGACGAGACGAUCGAGUACUCGAUCAGCAAGGACGCCCUGCAGAAACUCAGGGCGGCCGACCAGAGGGACUACGACGAGCUCGAGCACGACUUCUGCGAGUCGUACGGCCUUCCCCUCCCCCACGAGAAGGUCAAGGCUGUCAGCAUCAACAGCCUCGAUGAGAACAAGGUGGUCGAGGAGGAGCGGAGUGUCUGGUAG